AUGCCAGCUGUACAUCCGACAGCUGGACAUCAGAUGACAUCUGGACAUCAAUCAACAGCAGGACGGCCAGUGCCCACUGUGGCACCGCAUGCGGCCUCGUCCGGCCUGCAGUCUCGCCCCCUUGCUCGCUCUGACCCCGCCCUCUCACCUCAGCAGCCCCUCGCCCAGCUACCCGCGCUGCAGGCGCACCCCGCGGAGGCUCGGGGGAAUGAUGCUGCGGGGACAGACGCGGACGAGGAUGGGGGAAUGGACGACGAGGGGAGGGAUGGGAAUGAGGGGAUGGGUCAUGGGGAGGAAGAAGGGGGGGAGGGUGAAGGAGGGGUUGGGGACGAGGGCGGGGAUUCACGGCAGAGAAUGCGGAGGCGAGUGCAGGUGGAGCGAGUGAGGCGCCAGCGAGUCAGUCUCUCUCUUGUCUCUCAUCCGCAUAUCCGCCCUCCCUGCCCUUGUCCCACCCUCCCUCACUCCCUAAGUCUCUCGCUCCCUCCCUCCUUUCCUCCCUCCUGUUGCCCUCCUCUCUCUCCACCCUUCUUUAUCCCGCCUUCCCUCACUCCCUCCUUCCGUCCCUUCCUCCCGUUACCCUCCAUCACUCCUUUCCUCACUCGUUCGGUCUUUCCUCCAUCCCUCCGUUCUUUAUUCCCCUCUCUCUCCUUCUGCCCCUCUCGCCAUCCUUCGCUCCCUCCGUUCCUCUCUCUCCUACGUUUUCUGUCUCCUUCCCUCUUUUCUUCCUUCCCUGUCUCCCUCCUCCCAUCCUUUCCUUUCCCCUUUCCCUCUCGUCUUCUCCCUCCCUUGAUCCUACUCUCCCUCUUUCCCUUCCUCCAUCCUUCCAUCCCUUCUUCGCCCUCUCCCUUGUUUGUUCUCCCUCCUUCCCUGGUGUCGUCGCUCCCUUGUUCCCUCUCUUCUUCCCUCUCUGUUUCCUUCCCUUCCUUCUUGACUCUCCCUUCCCUCUCUUCUAAUCUCACUUUCUCCUUCUCUCCCUGUUUCCCUUUCUCCAUCUUUCCCACCCAAUCUCCCUUGUUCUUUCCCCAUCCCCCCGCUCUCUCCUUCACUCCCUCUUUUUCUCCCUCAUUCCUUCCUUUCUUCCCUCUCUCCCUACUUCCCUCGCUCCCUACUUCCCUCUCUGCCCCCUUUCCUCCUUCCUUUCCUCCUUCCUUUCCUCCUUCCUUUCCUCCGUUAUCCCUCCCUACUUCCCUCUCUACUCCCUUCCCUCUCCUCCUCCUAUUCUCUACCGUUCGUUCCCCUUCUCGCUCUUCCCCUGACUCCCUCCUUCCCUCUCUCCCUCCUUGCCUCUCCCUCUCCUUCCAUCUCUCCCCCAUUCCCCCUUCCCAUCUUUCCCUCUCUUCCUCCUUCCCUCACUCCCUCCUUCCCUCUCCCCCCGUCCCUCUCUCCCUCCAUCCCUCUCUCCCCUCUUCCCUCCUUUUCUCCCUCUUCUCCCUCCUUCCCUCUCUCCCUCCUUGCCUCUUCCCUCCCUUUCCUCCUUCCUUCUCUACUUCCUCUUCCUCUUCUUCUCCCUUUCCAAUCGAUCCUCUCCGCCCUGUUGCAUUGCAUCCGCCCCUAUUCUUUCCCACCCAUCUUAAUUCCUCCGUAUUCCCCCCCAUGCCUCCCUAUUCCCUUCCAUCCGCCCCUAUCCCCCCGAUACCCCAUGGCACGUGUGCGCAGGGAGGGGUUGCAGCAGCUGCAGCAGAGCAUACCGUGCACCUGAGUGAGACACCUGCAGGUGCAUGUGAGGCAGGUGCAUGUGAGGCAGGUGCAUGUGAGGCAGGUGCAUGUGAGGCAGGUGCAUGUGAGGCAGGUGCAUGUGAGGCAGGUGCAAGUGAGGCAGGUGCAUGUGAGGCAGGUGCAUGA